AUUUUUAUUAUUUUUUAAAUAAUAUAUUUAAGAAUCGUUUCUCACAACAACAUAUCCAGUACUAAUGGCAAAUAUUCUCUACGCAGGACUGCCAUCUCUGGCGAGAGAGUCUACACAUUAAUCAAUCUAUAUUCUAGAUCUACUAAUCUGCAUAGCUCCUGCUAAACAAUGCCCUCUGGUUCAGCUCACAAAAAGAAAAGAUAAAAAAAAUUAAGACAUAAAUUUGCUAUACCAUAAAGGCUAUAGGUUAUUCAUAAUUCAAGGCUAGCUACAUGAUAAAGAUGGUGAAACUAACAUUUCUCUAAAUAGAACACCUCCUAGAUAUAGCCAAACGGGAUGAACCAAGAAAAACAAAACAACACAUAAAUCCAUCAAAACCACAAUUCUCUCUCUUUUUCUUUCUUUCAUGUAAUGGCAACUUCUUUUCUUUCUUCCAUCAUCCUCAUGGCAUUUUCUAUCAAUCUCUGCAUGGCAGACCCAAGAACUGAUUUCAUUGCACGUAUAUGUGGUAAUAUUGACGUUCAAAAUAUUUCAAACUACUUUCAAUCUUACUCCAAGGUUACAGAUGGCAUGCAAUAUGAUAUGUAUCGCAACAAAUUUGCUUUCAAGGACGUGGGGAAACCACCUGAUCGUAUCUACGCCCUUUCUCAAUGUAUGGAUGAUUUGUCCCCAGAUGAAUGUGCUAUUUGUUUUACGCAGAUCACUACGAUCAUCACAGGUUGCAUUCCCCACACCGGCGGCCGUGUUUAUCUUGAUGGUUGCUUUUUUAGGGCUGAGAAUUAUUCUUUCUAUCGUGAAGCUUUGAGCCCUCAAGAUACUACAAAAUGCAGCGCUGCAUUGAACCCCACGCCGGAUUUCAGAAAAGCGGUAGUUAAAGUGCUCGACGAAAUGCUUAUGACGGCACCAUUUGCAGGACCAGUUGGGCGAGGAUUUGCUGUAAAGCAUGAGAUUUCACGAGGUGUAACAGCCUAUGGAAUGGCCAGUUGCUGGAAGAUUUUGGACAAAGAUUUGUGUUAUACAUGCCUCUCUAAUGCAGCCUCAUCCGCCUUAUCUUGCCUUCCUUCUACAGAAGCUCGCGUCCUUAAUACUGGAUGCUUUCUUCGUUAUGCAGAUUUUUCAUUUGCCAAUGAAUCUACAAGCGAAAUUAGAGAAAAAAUAUUUUCAUUCAUCACAUUUGUAAUAUGUGUGGUUACAAUCUGCUUAUCAGCAAUUGGCAUUGGGGUUUGUGUGGGUAAACACACCUACAAAAGAAAGAAUAGCAAAAAGAAGUUAAAAGGGAUGGACGACUUAUUGUUAGAUGAGGGGCUGCCGUUCUUGCAAUUCAAGUAUGAAACAAUAAAGAAAGCAACAGAAAAUUUCGAAGAAGUUCGCAGACUCGGUGAAGGAGGAUUUGGUGAAGUAUAUAAGGGGGCCUUAGGAGAUGGUAGAGAAAUUGCAAUAAAGCGAUUAUAUGCUAGCAAAGAGAGUCAAAUUCGAGAGAUUUGCAAUGAAGUGGACAUUAUCAGUAGAGCACAACACAAGAACGUGGUUCGAUUACUCGGUUGUUGCUUCACUAGUGCAGAUAGCUUUCUUGUCUAUGAAUACAUGGCUAAUAGAAGCCUUGAUCUCAUGUUAUUUGAUCCAGCAAAGAAGAAUGAACUCACUUGGAAAAAGAGGCUGCUAAUUAUCACAGGAACAGCUGAAGGCUUGGAGUACCUGCAUACAGAUUGUCAAGUGCGAAUUAUACAUCGUGAUAUUAAAGCCAGCAAUAUCUUACUAGAUUUGAAACAUAAACCAAAAAUUUCAGAUUUUGGGUUAGCAAGAUUUUACUCCUGUGACCAUUCCUUGUUCAACACAGCUGUUGCUGGAACACUAGGGUAUAUGGCCCCUGAAUACAUCGCGAAAGGACGAUUAACAGAGAAAUUUGAUGUUUAUAGUUUUGGAAUUCUUGUGAUUGAAAUAGUUACAGGCAUAGAAAACAAUAAACAUCAGUCUGAGGAUGCUUAUGAAACCUUGAUUGCACAUGUAUGGAGGUGCUUUCAAUCAAAUACCAUAUCAGAAAUCGUAGAUAAAAACAUGGAAAUAGAAGAUAUGAAUGAAAUUGAAAGAGUCAUUCAAAUCGGUUUAUUAUGCACUCAAGAAUCGCCGAAUUCGAGACCAACCAUGACAAAGGUUGUUCAGAUGCUGAGGGAAAAAGAUCUUGAAUUGCCUCAACCAUCCAUGCCACCUUUCAUAGAUGAACAUAUGGAAUUACACUGUUUAGGCUCAGAGGGAUACCAACAAAGACGUUCAUUUUCUGAUUAUUUAAGUAAUUAGCUUAAGCUUUUCUUCUCAUUAUGGUUUGUUUUUGGUUUUAAUUAGGUAUAACAAGGUUAGAUAUAGAAGCUAACAAAUGUUAGUUUGCUAAUGUGUACAUGAUUAGUUUAGAAGCAACCGGGUAGCCGAUGUUUUUGAAUAUUUUUUACCAAAUCCUGCAUGGAAUGAUGGAAGUUGAGUUGGAUAUGCAGUUGUGAUUCUCCUCUUUGAAUGUGAACAUAGUGUUAGACUUUCCAUGCUUCCAAACAAAGCCUUUUUAGGUACAAAAGUCCCAUCCACUACAUGUAUAUACUUUUAAGUGUAUAAAGUUAAAACUCAAGACCACAUAAAAAAAAUUCCUGCCAUUUAUUAUCU